AUGGCUGGCACUUCAAGAAGAGGCAAGCUGGAUGAGAAGGACACCAUGGGAGAGGCUGAGGAGAAGCGACAGAGGAGGGCAUCAGAGGAGAACAGCAGGCUCAUCGAUCGAGUGGAUCGAAGCUGGCAACCACAUGCGGGACAAUGCCUUGAACAACAUGCAAACCUUUCUCACAACCAUAGAGAAAGGGAGUCCCUGGAAACACCGCUGAAUGUAUCAAUAGAUUCUCUUGUGCAUGAUUUCGGUCAAUUUGGACUUCACAACAAGGAAGUCAGCUGCAGAGAGAGUUCUGGACAACAGCAGGAUUGGAAGGGUAGAAUGGGGGACGAUGGGGAAUCCAAUUGGCAACAUAACAGGGAGAAGAUAGAACAACGGGAGCGAGAACAAGAGCUGGAACACCAUGAUAGCGUUUUGUGGUACAUGAUGGUGCACUCGAAGCCUCAUAUCUUUUGGCGUGGCCACAACAAUGCAUGGAAUUACGGGACGCCUGAUGGCCGGAUGGUGACUGCAGGUGGUGGAAAAUAUUACUGCCAAGGUGUGACAGCCUGCAUCCAAUGCAGAGGGGGAUGGGUGAGGCCACUAAGAUUGCUGAAGCCACCCGGGUCUGCUGACUACAGUGACAAUGAGAGGAUUAGGUGGAUUGGAGAUGAAAAUUCUAUCCUGGGCGUCAUGCCAAACAAUUUCGGCAGUGCUGUGCAUGCAAUGCUACGCAAAGCCUUUUCCCUGGGGGAGUAUGGCAACGCCUUAGACCUUUACGGGCCACACUACGGCCACAAGACACUAGCAGCAGAUGCAUUCAUGGGGGGGACUCCCUGUGCAGAAAGAAGCAGCAUUGCUGCAACAGAUGCAGCUGUGGCUGCCAUCCAGUGCCUGUUGACAGAUAGUCCAGGGCGGCGAGUCGCUGCUGUCGAGUAUGUCGUCACUUCUGUAGUCCAACGCGAGCUGGGCUGGGAUUAUCAUCGUAAAUCAGAGCAAGGACCCAACUUCCUCAUGGGCGAAAUCGACCUGGUUCUCACGUGUUGGAGCAAGGGAAAAGAGCCCUGUGCCGCCCUUGUGGACUACAAAGUUCGUUCAAGAAAACCAACAAACUUAGUUCCGGAUACCGUACAGGGCGGUGGACGAUACAUUUUGCACACUGACUGGAUGAAGACAGAGGACGCUGCGCAGCUGAUGUGGCUGUCGAUUCUCUACACAAUGCAGACGGGCGUACCGGUUUCCGAAAUGUGGGUCAUCGACGUGUACCCAAAAGGUCCCUAUGGUGUGAAUGGGGCCCAGUAUUGUAGAAGGGACUGGAGCGUAGACUUUUUUGCCAUCGCCAGCAGUGUUGCAUGGAGCGAUGAGCUGAUUGACGCGACAAUGCCUGAGCGCUGGAAGGAAGUGAGCAAACUCCACAGCGAAAGCAGAGGCUCUGUGUUCCACAGAGCGAUAGAAAAGAACAGGGACCUGAACGGCGGCAGCAAUUAA